AUGGCUAAAAUGGAUUACCCCGGUCUUCUGAGUACCCUGAGCCAAGCUGCAUCGUCCCCAUCUAUACAAACAGGCCUCACCCGAACAGAGCAGCAAAACCUUUACCAGGCAUGUGCAAAGCUCUCUGCAUGCGUGGAAACCCCACAGGAUCGGCUGCUAAAAGGGUCGUUUGAUUUCAUACUACCUACCAUUCUCAGGCUGGCAAUUGAUAUUGGGAUCUUCACUCUUUUCAAUGAAGACGAUUCGGUGCAAGAGUUCGAUGUCUCGGAAAUUGCCACGCGCACAAAGACUGACCAAGUACUGAUAUAUCGGAUUAUGAGGUUUCUUAUCACGUUUGACAUGUUUGACGUGACACCCGAGGGAAGGUGUAAAGCCAAUACCUUCACAAAGAGCUUUCGCUCAGGAACUGGUGCUUAUGAUACAGUCAUUUUGCUCAGUGGCCUCACUCUGCCAGUUUUUAGCAGACUCCCUGCCUAUUUCCAAAAGACGGGAAAUACGCUACCAGAAAAUGCCAAAAUGGGACUCUUCCAAGAUGCGCACGACACUGAUUUGCCUGUUUAUGACUGGCUCAACCACAGGAAGGCUGAACGUGAUGCAUUCCAUCAGGUGAUGGCAGCCAGCGAAAGCCUGAAUGAUAGUGUAUGGGCACACUAUCUCCCCCAAAAUUGGUUUCUGGACAAGUUUGCAUCCGGCUCGAGCGAUGUUACUUUGGUUGAUGUCGGUGGUAACUCUGGCAAAGUGCUGAAUGCCUUUCUGCACAGACUCCCCACACCACAAGCUCGGCUUAUCCUGCAGGACAUCCCCGAUGUGAUCCAAGGAGAGUACAAGGAUGUGCCUCUGUGUCGCACGCAUGAAAAUGCGUCUCAAAUUGAAAAGAUGGGGCACAGCUUUUUCGAUCCCCAGCCGGUUCAUGGUGCUAGCCUCUAUGUUCUCUCGAGGGUGAUUCAUAAUUGGCCAGAUAAGGAGGCAUUGAUCAUCCUACAGCACAUUCAAGCUGCCAUGAAUGAUCAGUCGACUCUUCUCAUCUGUGACUGUGUCUUCUCGGACCAAUUAGGAAAGGUUCCAUAUACGGAUGCUACAUCUGACAUGAUCAUGAUGGCAGUGUUUUCAUCGUUGGAGCGAUCAGAGGGACAUUUCAGAUCCCUUCUAGAGUCAGUCGGGCUUGAAUUGCAGAAGGUUUGGCGUGAUCCAUUAAACGGCACUCUUCUUACCGUCUUGGAGGUGGUCCGAAAGAAGCAGCUUGCUUGA